GUUUACGAGCUGACAUCGAGUCGCGUGUCUCGUGAAUCAAAUCAACAGUUCAUCGAGUUGUUCAAGCCGUUCCGUUUGUUUCUAUUGUGCGCUUCGCGAUCUCAAAGUGACAAGAAAGUAAAAUCACGAUAACAAAACGCCAGUGAGAUGACGCAGACAAACAAAGACUACCUCGAAGACAUGUUGGAUAUGUCGGACGUUCCGAAUAUUAAUGACUGUCAAAGCGAAAUCCCCCAAUUUUUCGCGAGAAGCAACAUCCUAAUAACGGGUGGUUCCGGUUUUCUUGGCAUACUUCUAAUAGAGAAAUUGUUGCGAUGCUGUCCAGACAUAGGAAAAAUGUACCUAUUUAUGAGGACAAAAAAAGAUAAAUCACCCGAACAAAGACUCAAAGAUCAAUUUGAUGAUAUUGUUUACGAAAGAUUAAAGAAAGAGCAGCCCAACUUUAGUACAAAAGUAAUAAUGAUAGAAGCUGAUUUAAACAAGUUCAACCUCGGAUUAUCACAGGAAGACCGCAAACGUCUUUUAGACGUAAAUUACAUUUACCAUGCGGCAGCGACUGUACGAUUUAACGAAUCGCUUCAUACCGCGGUGAACAUAAAUAUAAGAGGAACGAAAGAGCUUCUUCUCUUCGCUAAAGAAAUGCCGAAUUUAAAGGCAUUUGUCUAUAUAUCCACCGCAUUUUCUAAUUGUGUACAUAAUUUCAUUGAUGAAAAACAUUAUUCUCCGCCUAUAGAAACGGAUAAGAUUUUAACUUUAGUCGAUAUUUUGGACGAUGAAAAAUUAGACAAAUUUACACCGACAUUAAUAGGUAAAUGGCCAAAUUCGUAUACAUAUACAAAAGCGAUCGCUGAAUAUACUGUACGACAAUACAGUAUCGGAAUUCCAACCUGCAUCAUACGACCGUCGAUUGUAACGUCAACAAUCGAAGAGCCAACCAGUGGAUGGAUCAACAACAUUUAUGGAGCGAUGGGCGUAGUUGUAGGCAGUGCCAUAGGUUUAAUGCGUACUCUACAUUGUGAUCCUGACAAAGUGGCAGAAAUAGUGCCGGCUGAUUAUGUCAUUUCGCACAUCAUCGCCGCGAGUUGGGAUACCGCCAAAAGAAAAAAUACUCUACUGAGCAUCGAGAAUGCGAAUCCGGAUGUUCCAGAAACAGAGAGGAUACCGAUUUACAAUUACGUAUCGAUAUGUCAAAAUCCCAUCACCUGGAGAAAGUUCAUGUAUCUAAAUGAGAAGUAUGGCAAGCUUGUACCGAGCGAACACGUUCUCUGGUACUACAUGCUCUUCCUAAAUAAAUAUAAAUUUAUGCACGAUGUCUGUGUGAUAUUUCUACACAUGAUACCUGCUCUCAUAUGUGACACUAUACUCUUUCUCAGCGGCCGAAAACCAAUGCUAUUGAAAGCAUACAAGAAGAUACACACAUUUUCCGCUGUAAUAUCGUAUUUUUCGACGCAACAAUGGCAAUUCAAGAACGAUGCCGUUAUUAAGCUCUGGAGUCGUAUGAAUUCGGCCGAUCGCAAAAUAUUCCAUUUUGACAUGGAUAACCUGAAUUGGGAAUUGUAUAUUAAACAAAUAAUACCUGGUUUACGUCUAUACUUAAUUAAAGAUAGUAUGGAUACUGUAAAAAAAGGAAAGAAGAAAUACAGGAAAUUAAAGAUAUACCAUUAUACUGUGGUAACUGUUUGCACGAUUUUCCUAAUAUGGGGCGUAAUGAGUUUAAUAAGUUGUAUAAUAUCGUUUUUCUGAUCGCAUAACUACAAAAGAACUACAAAAGAGUUAGUGGAAAUAAAUUAUGAUAAUAA